CUACGUCGAGAGGAACUUGUUGGUGCAGAUCCAGUAUGUGGGAGGCACAUUUUGGUCCAAUUCAAGGGUCCCAAAGUCAAUGAGCCGACGCUACUGCGCAAGAAGAUGUUCACCUGGGUUCGCAAGGAGGAGAGUGGUUCCUAAGGUGCCAAAUGCGGAAUUUAUGAAGCAAAUGCGGCCUAUAGGAUUGUAUCAGGUAUUCUAUAAAGUCAUCGCCAAAGUUUUGGCAGGUCGGUUGAACCAAAUUUUGCCGAAUGUUAUCAGUGAGGCCCAUAAUGGAUUUGUUAAAGGCAAGGACAUCUCGGAUAAUAUCCUCAUAGCUCAAGAGGUCAUGCAAUUUCUCAAGACAAAAACUCAGGGUCGAGAUAAGUGGAUGGUUGUGAAACUCGAUAUGGAGAAAGCGUAUGAUCGAGUUGAAUGGGGGUUCUUGUUUGCAGUAAUGGAAGCGUUGGGCUUUGAUAGGCAGUGGAUUAAGUGGAUGAAAGCUUGUGUGACUUCAGUUUCCUUUUCUCUGAUUCUGAAUGGUACAGAGCAUGGCUACUUUCGACCUCAUCGUGGCAUUCGUCAAGGAGAUCCCUUGUCUCCCCUGCUGUAUGCCAUAUACACCGAAGCUUUUUCCGCUAUGAUUGAUGGUGCCCUCUCCUCGAAUCAGCUCCAUGAGUUGAAAGUCCACCGUCAUGCGCCUACCAUCUCUCACUUACUAUUUGCCGAUGACUCAUAUCUCUUCUUGCGGGCUUCCUCAAUAGAGUGCUCCUCCCUUCUUCAUCUCCUCGAGCUGUAUGAACAAUCAAGUGGAGCAAAGGUUAAUCUCUCCAAAUCUUCAGUUUACUUCAGCUCUAAUGUCACUGAUAAGGAAGCUUCCUUGUUGGCUGGGCAGCUGGGGAUCUCUUCUUAAGGACCUCUUGACAAGUACCUCGGGCUACCUGCCCAAGUCCAAAGAUUCAAGGUUCUAACUUUUCAGUAUGUAGAAGAUGCUCUUGCAGGUCGAAUUCGAAGUCCAAGGCCUUGUCUCGCAGCUAAAGAAGUGAUGAUUAAGGCAGUGGGGUCGGCUACUCCGGUGUAUACGAUGUUAUCUUUCAGGCUGCCCUCCACAAGUUGUCGACGAUUGAAUAGCCAGGUGUCCCGGUUCUGGUGGGCGGGGCAAGACAAAGAGAGGGGGAUCCCCCUGGAUAUCUUGGCCGGUGGUCUGUACGAGAAUUUGAAGGAGGACUCAGCUUCAAAGACUUUGAUCUGUUUAACGUCGCUAUGCUUGCCAAACAGGCGUGGAAACUAUUUCAAGAUCCCGCAUCCACUUUGGCUGGUAUUUAUAAAGCAAGAUAUCAUCA